AUGGGCGACGGUGUCAUUAGCGGGUGGAUUUCGACUCGCGCCUAUCUGAAACCCGUUGCGAGUGCUGACUGUGUUCUCAACAGCCGGAGGCUCUCACCCACCGCACCUCUUGCGAAUGCGCUUUCCCAACGCCUGCGCGACACGGACGGUGGGGCUCUGUUCCCCUCCCCCACACCCGAUACCCUCCCCUCUCCCCCUCUCCCCCACACCCGACACCCUCCCCUCUCCCCCUCUCCCCACACCCGACACCCUCCCCCCUCCCCCUCUUCCCCACACCCGACACCCUCCCCUCUCCCCCUCUCCCCACACCCGACACCUUCCCCUCUCCCCCUCUCCCCCACACCCGACACCCUCCCCCCUCCCCCUCUCCCCCACACCCGACACCCUCCCCUCUCCCCCUCUCCCCCACACCCGCCACCCUCCCCCCUCCCCCUCUCCCCCACACCCGACACCCUCCCCCCUCCCCCUCUCCCCCACACCCGACACCCUCCCCUCUCCCCCUCUCCCCCACACCCGACACCCUCCCCUCUCCCCCUCUCCCCCACACCCGACACCCUCCCCUCUCCCCCUCUCCCCCACACCCGACACCCUCCCCUCUCCCCCUCUCCCCCACACCUGACACCCUCCCCUCUCCCCCUCUCCCCCACACCCGACACCCUCCCCUCUCCCCCUCUCCCCCACACCCGCCACCCUCCCCCCUCCCCCUCUCCCCCACACCCGACACCCUCCCCCCUCCCCCUCUCCCCCACACCCGACACCCUCCCCUCUCCCCCUCUCCCCCACACCCGCCACCCUCCCCCCUCCCCCUCUCCCCCACACCCGACACCCUCCCCCCUCCCCCUCUCCCCCACACCCGACACCCUCCCCUCUCCCCCUCUCCCCCACACCCGACACCCUCCCCUCUCCCCCUCUCCCCCACACCCGACACCCUCCCCUCUCCCCCUCUCCCCCACAGCCGACACCCUCCCCUCUCCCCCUCUCCCCCACACACACCCCGCUCCCCCUCCUGAACCCCCCCUCUGUUCUCCGGAUUGCUCUUUCCCAGUGCCAUGA